AUGACGUCCUGCGGUAACGAGCCUCUGUUCGACGGCGGCGCGGGCUGCGGCUCCUGCUACGAGAUUCGAUGCGUCGCCGCCAACAACCCUUCCUGCUCCGGCCAGCCGAGGACGGUGGUCAUCACCGACAUGAACUACUACCCCGUGGCUAGGUACCACUUCGACCUCAGCGGCACAGCGUUCGGGGCCAUGGCCAAGAACGGCCUCAACGACAAGCUCCGCCACGCCGGCAUCAUCGACAUGCAGUUCAGGAGGGUGCGCUGCAACUUCCCAGGCAUGAAGGUCACCUUCCAUGUCCAGCGUGGCUCCAACCCCAACUACCUCGCGGUGCUCGUGGAGUAUGCCAACGUGGACGGGACCGUGGUGAGGAUGGAGCUGAUGCAGACCAAGAACGGUCGCCCCACGGGGUCCUGGGAGCCGAUGCGCUGCUCCUGGGGAUCCAUCUGGCGGAUGGACACCAACCGCCCGCUACAAGGGCCAUUCUCCAUGUGCAUCACCAGUGACUCCGGGAAGACGCUGGUGGCCAACAAUGUCAUCCCGGCCUAUUGGCGGCCGGACAAAGCCUACUGGUCCAACGUCCAGUUCUAUUGAUUUUGGCUCAAUCAAUUAGGUGCUUCUCCGAUGGAUUCCGAUCGAAUUGGUGCUCCCGGAUUUCUCCUCUCACAAACGCUACCUAUGUUCAUCUAUUUAUAUAUAAAAAGUCCUUGACGGGCUCACCAGAA